AUGUCCUACAGGGGAGAAUCCAAUAAUGAAUUUUCACCAUUAGCAAACAGCGGAUUUCUGUAUGAUGCAACAAGAAAUGAGGAUUUAGAUGAAUCUGAGGUCAUCACGUAUAUUCAGAAGAGAAGAGCUUCUAUUGCCUCAUGUGGAACUGAUAAGAUCCCAAGUAGCUUGAUUUUAACCCAGGGCGGAACAAAGCACCAUUUAGAGAGAGGUAAUGAAGAGAUGAUGACCAUGUCUAGAUCGAAUGCAUCAUUCGUUGGCGAUGUCCUAUCUCACGCGAGCGGAUUAUUGGCUGAACCAGAAACAGAUAUCAAAACAGAAAUUACGGUUUUGUUUGAAUAUUCAAUUCCAUUGAUUAUCACAUUUUUGUUGCAAUAUUCAUUAACAGUUGCAUCGGUAUUUUCGGUUGGGAGACUAGGUCUGAAGGAAUUGGCGGCUGUUAGCUUAUCUUCAAUGACGGCCAAUAUUUCAGGUUACGCUAUAAUACAGGGAGUUUCUACGUGUCUUGAUACUCUAUGUGCACAGGCAUAUGGUAGAAAAGAGUUUAACGCCGUUGGGGUGCACUUUUUCAAGUGCAAUUAUUUAUUAUUUUUGUUGUGUAUUCCCAUGUUCUUACUAUGGGUAUUUGGGUCAAAACCAAUUCUUUUGAUAAUUAUUGGUAAUGAGAAGGAGGAGUUGUGUACAUUUGCCUCUCAAUACCUUCGAGUUCUAAGUUUAGGGUUGCCGGCAUUCAUCCUCUUUGAAAAUGGCAAGCACUUUUUGCAAGCUCAAGGUAUAUCUCAUGCAUCAACUUAUGUAUUGGCUAUAUGUGCACCAUUGAAUGCAUAUCUUAAUUAUUUGUUGGUAUGGAACAAAUCUAUUGGUAUGGGUUUUGUAGGAGCUCCUAUAUCUGUAUCAAUAACAAACUGGUUGAUGUGUAUUUUACUUUACUCCUAUAUUUGGUUAGUUAAGGGUAAAGAAUGCUGGCCUAACACAGGUUUGCUUUCGCCCGUGUUGUUUCGAAAUUGGAGUAGAAUGAUAAACCUUUCGAUACCUGGAGUAUUGAUGGUAGAGGCAGAGUGGUUAGCAUUUGAAAUCAUUACGUUUACUGCAUCUAAGUUUGGCACUGACGUUUUAGCUGCUCAAUCAAUUGUCUCUACCACCUGUGUCCUACUUUAUCAGAUACCUUUCGCAAUAUCAAUUGCUAUUUCAACUAGAGUUGCCUGGUACAUUGGUGCCGCCGCGAAGAAACCCGCCAAGUGUGCAACAACAGUUGCAAUCUACGUUUCAUUACUACUAGGGUUUAUUAAUGGAUCUUUUUUGUUCUGGUUUAGAGAUGUAUUGGCUUCCCUCUACACCACCGAUUCCCAUGUCAUUAAACUUACCUCAAAGGUAUUAAUAAUUGCUUCGAUAUACCAAAUUAACGACUUCUUAUCGUGCUCGACAGGGGGGAUUUUAAGAGGUCAAGGCAGACAAAAAAUAGGCGGAAUAUUAAAUCUAAUAUCCUACUACUGCAUUGCGUUACCUUGCGCCUUUACAUUUGCAUUCUACUUUAAAUUGGAAUUGGUAGGUUUAUGGCUAGGUAUGAUUAUUGCUCUCUUUUUCGUUUCUACCCUACAAUACUACUUUGUAUUAGCUAGUGACUGGGAUUAUAUUAUCAGUGAAUGCAUCAGUGAGAGUGUAUUCGACGAUGGCUUCAAUACAGAUGUACAUUCCAUGGUUCCUAGUAUGAGCAGUUCGCGUUUUGCUUAA